UCAUUCAUAACAGUGAGCACUGUGGGUUUGAUAGGCAUGUGUCGGGGACAAGUGAUCUCACUUGAGUAAAUCUGACAGUGAGCCAUCGGUCAUCUUCGCAAACUUAAGGUACAGGUGAACGAUCCUUAAACAACCUUCCUUGGUCAAGAUGUCAAACUCUGGAGGGCGCAGACUGAAGCAGUGGCUGGUUGAGCAGAUCGAGAGCGCGCAGUACUCUGGGCUGCAGUGGGAGGAUGAGACACGCACUUUGUUCCGAAUUCCAUGGAAACACGCAGGAAAACAGGAUUACAACCAAGAAGUGGAUGCAUCCAUUUUCAAGGCCUGGGCUUUGUUCAAAGGCAAGUUUAAGGAGGGGGACAAGGCUGAGCCUGCAACAUGGAAGACCCGGCUUCGCUGUGCCCUGAAUAAAAGCCCUGACUUUGAGGAGGUGACUGAAAGGUCACAGCUGGACAUCUCUGAGCCUUACAAAGUCUACCGCAUUGUACCCGAGGAAGAGCAGAAGCAUGGCAAAAGCUCAAUGAUGGCCAUGGCAACUUCAAGCUCUGGUGAUAUCACAGACAUGGACUGCAGCCCUGCAGCAAUAGAGGAAUUCAUUAAAGAGGAGGAAGGCAGUCGUAUCCAGGCCAGUCCAGAGUAUUGGUCCCAGGGCAGCAUGAACGCUUUCACACUGCAACAGGACCCUCUGCCAUCAGGUGCUGUCAGCUCAGCUUUCUCCCAAAUGAUGAUCAGUUUCUACUACGGAGGAAAGCUGAUGCACACACAAAUGGUUACCCAUCCUGAAGGCUGCAGGAUCUCCCCACAGCAGCACCUGGGCCGAGGCGCACUUUACAGUUCAGACAGCAUGCAAAGUGUUUAUUUUCCCCAUGCUGAGCUCAUUGAGUUCGACCGCCAGCGGCUUGUCACACGUAAGCUCUUGGGCCACCUGGAGAGAGGUGUGCUGGUCCGAGCCAACCAAGAAGGCAUCUUCAUCAAGAGGCUGUGCCAGAGCCGGGUCUUCUGGAGCGGACUUGGAGAAAUAGGCUCACAAUACGGCCCCAUGUCAUCUAAGCUGGAAAGGGAUGCUGUCGUAAAGAUUUUUGACACUGGGAGGUUUCUACAAGCCCUUCAGCUGUACCAGGAGGGUCAGUUUUCUGCUCCAGAUCCGACAGUGACUCUUUGUUUUGGAGAGGAGCUCCAGGAUCUCAGCAAUGCAAAGAGCAAACUGAUCAUUGUGCAGAUCACUGUAAUGCACUGCCAGCACCUGCUAGAUACAGUGAACAUGAGGCGUCCUCAGCCCUUCUCCAACAACCUCAACCUGGAGAUGUCUGAUAGUGCAGCGACUGAUCAGAUGGCUCGCAUCUACCAGGACUUGUGCAGUUACAGCGCCCCCCAGAGGCCAGCCUGCUACAGGGACAACAUGCCCAUCACUGCCUGAACUGGGAGCAGAUACACACCUGCCAGGAGCUCUUAAGACUGAAUGUACGAUAUAUGAAGGCUAUUUUUUUUAUUUUCCUGACAUACAUUGACACAAUUGACCCAGAUGAAAAAGUAUCAAGUUUCACAUUGACUUAGAGUCAUAGCAAUCAAAUAUGAGGCAGUAACGGCUUUAAGAUGCAGCUAUUUAUUAGGAUGCCUCUAUAUUUUGUGUGUCAGUAAAUCAAUUUUCUUUUAAAGGGAUUGCUGUUGAUUAUGUUUGGGAAUAAGUCUGUGGCCUCGUGCCUAUGACAUAAUCAGACCAGUGCUGAUAUUCAGUACAAAAUUUCAACCUUCAGUGUGAUCUUUUUAUACAAAGGUUCUACAGGCAGCAUAAAGAAAUGUAAUAAGUAACAACAUAUCAUUACAAUAUUGUGAAUUCAAACUAUAAUUUUACUCCACCUACACAACCAGUUCCUCAACUUCACCAAAACUAGACAAACCAAACAUUUUCCUGCACUUUUGCUGUGUUUGUUUUUACCACAUAAUUCAGCAAACAAGCUUCUUCAGAUUUUGUGCAUAUAUCUAAAUGUUUCCAUUUAUCGUGCAUACGAGAAAUAAGAGUCUCACGUGACUUCACUGCCAGAUGUGAUUCAGAGGUACAGUAAAGCUUAAUCAAUCAAAGAAAAAGAUAGUCUGUUGUAAAGUUAGAUAACUCCAAACCUGAGGCGGAGUAGUAACAGUAGAAAAAAGUCCUUGUACUGUUGUACUUAACAGCACUCAUGGAGCGCAUCUUGUCCAAUCAGAUUCCUCGGUCAAAAGGAACUGUAUGAUAGUGUUUAUAGAUACCUAAAGCCGAUACAGACUCUGUGUCUCACCUUAGCUUUAUUAUUUUAGACAGUUUUCAUGCAAUGAGUGCUGCAAAGCUUAACAAACAGAUUCAUUUCAUUUGACUUCAUCAAACAAAUAUCUGUAAUAUAAAUCCUCUGCUUCUCAUACACAUGUUGGUACGACAACAGUUUUGAUAUGAUAAAUUCAGUUCUCAUUUCUUAAUUAUAUUUUGACACACAUGACUUUUCUUGUUUUUGAGUUUCUUCCUUAUGUGAAACAGUUUUGGAUAAACACACCUAAUUGAUGUUUUGUAAGAUAUUUUUAUAAUUUUUUCAGUGGAAAAAAUCAGCUGUUGUAGGUUGCAUGGCAGAUUCAAUGUGGCAUUGUAUUACAGAUAGGUUUUACUAUCUGGACUGUUUGAGUGGACCAUCAUUUCUUCAUUUUCUAUAAACUGUAUUUCAAGUAAAAGAAAGUUUUUACUUAACUUCA